AUGGCUCCCUUGGGACCGAGAAAGCUUGAUGUAGUCAACGCCAAAACUACUGAUAUAUCGGGACUGUUGAACGUAUUAGAAUGGUCUCCGAGAGGGACAAAUGGUAUGCUCAACUCAGGUGUCGAUCUCUUGAAAAGAGCAGAUGCAAGAAGUGCUAGGGAUAUUUGGCACAGUUGCUGCAUGUAUGUGAUGCUGAUAAAGUCAAAGCGUUUGGAUCUUUAACCUCGCUUCAUCAAGACCCAGAACUGUACCAUGACAAAGAUGUCCAAGACGCCAUAAACAAGCUUAGUAGUUUACUCAAUAAUGGUUUCGCGGUUAUUGAAGAAAAAGGAUUGGAAGUACUCGCUCAGUUACAACAUGAACUUG